GCCAUGGCAACAGCUGCCCGAAUCGCCGUCUCACAAUAAACAAAUCACCAGAUAAACAGGAAACAAUAGAGGAACAGCAGCUCUCAUAACAGUCAAGUAAGCAUUAUUUCCCAGGGCGCAUUAGCUCCUGUCCAAGUGGUGUCCAUCGCUGUGAUGUGAUGAAUGGGACUUCAACGAGACACUGUGGCUUCCUAAUAGAAGCAACAGUCGUGUCCAGCGUGAUUUAUCUUCCUCUGUGGUGUCCAGACUGAGCCUGAUGGGCCGACAUGCCAAUGUGACCUCCAGUAACAGGAUGCAGUCGGCUGCGUGUUUACUAUCAGGGGUGACAGCGAUAAAGUCUCCUGUCACAAAGCUACAAUGAUGCCCUGAGGACAACCAUGAAGAUAGCAGAAAUAGCAUUUGUGUGCUUUGUCACAGUAAUGACCGUCUGGUUAUCUGUCCCUGAGCCUGCAGAGGUCAAAGAGCAGAGCAGUGUAGAGUAAAACGUAAAUGUCCCCGAGGGUCACAGUGCUUUGGAGACAGUUGUCCAACACAAAUAGAUAUAAUGCAUCAGACACAGCACAAGAUCAGCAUCGUCAGGGCAUUAUAGUUUGACCACCGCCCUGAUGGAAGCAUCUGGAACUAUACAACAACAGUCUGUGUGAGAUGACCCUCACUUCAUGCAGGUACUGAAGGUUACAAGGCGAAGCACCAGUAAUGUUACUGCACAGCUUGCCAAUUCUUUUUUUAACAAUUUGUUCCUAUUAUUAAGACUAACACAGCAAAACCAACAAAUCAUAAAAUUAGAAAGGAUAGACGCUUUUUGGAGGCUCUAGGAAAAGCUACCAAAAGUACAAAAUUAGAGAAUGAUGACGACAAAGCUCCCUCUCCCAAUCAGCAUCCAAUGAUGUGACAUUGUUAAAGUGAAGAACACUUGCGGCUACCAACCAGGCCAGUGUGCUAGUUUUAAGCCACACACUGACAAAAGAACAGGUUUGACUAAAAUGCAAUAGGUGCUAGUCAGUUACAGGCUGCUUAUAGCUACGAGUGACGCCUCCCCUCCCCGGCUCAUGUGCAGGCUCUGUGAGACCUGCCUGGGCCUGCUUUAGACGAUGUUUUGGUGCAGUCAAGACUACAUUACUGCUGGGCAUUCUUGUCAGCUAAACCUUAUUAUUUGACCAUUUCAUUAGGAUUAAGAGUAUGGUCUUGUUGUAGCCUGCUUGUUGUAGCCAUAACUUACAUUAAAAUACUCACAUAUAUUCCAAAGACAUAUAUUCAUUACAGUGGUCUGUAUCCUAAACCAACACUGAGCGAGGACCACUGCUGUAACUUUAUCUCCACACAGUUGUUAAUGUUUUUAAUCAUAGAAAACUAAAGUCUGAUAAAUGGGGUUUAAGCUAGAAUGCCCACUAAUGUGUUUGUUUACCGAAAGAGCAAUUUUAUCUUGAAUAAUUUAACUCAUGAAACUGCAAUCCAGUUUAUUUUUAUAGGCUACACAAAAAAGGAAGGACAGAAAAAGACAUAAGAGGGUCCUUUGUUUAUACUAGUGCAGUGCCCGUAGGAAGUAUGUAUUGCUAUAGAAAAGUGUGAGGUUAAGUAGCUUUUUCAUGGAUGGCCAAAUGAGGUUGUGUUUGAAGGUGGGACGUCAGGGACAUUUAGGACAUAUUAUUUAGUCCUGUAAUAUAGGCCAGCAUACAUCAGAGAGAGAGAGAGAGAGAGAGAACGGAUAAACCGACGGCGCGGAGUGAGGACUGAUAACUGCACAGGUCUCUCACUCAACUUAAUACAGAGACAUGUCCCACAAAGCAACGUUACAGGACCAAACAACAGUAACGUAGUAACUGUAACUGUCUUUGGAAACUUACAUGAGGAAAAAAAAUACCACAGCUGUACGUGGAGAAGCGUCUGUCCUCCUGUCUGUCCUCCUGUCUGUCCUCCCGCCUGUCCUACCGACUCUUCGUCACAUUUCUGCCCGAAAAACAGCGUCUGUCACCGGAGAAAAACAUUCUCCGUGUUGCGAGUGAGGGAGUCAGUGUACUGCUGGUGAUUAUUGUGUAAUAAUUGUGUAAUUUAACGGAAUUUGUAAAUAAUUUAUGAAAUAAUUUAUUAACGGUAUCUUUGUAGUCCAAACAAAGCCGACGAUGCACACCCUUAAACCACACAGCAGCCAUGUGGAAACUCUCAGGUCAGUCUGAUCCUGAUCUGCAGAGAGAUUUGAGCCACACACACACACACACACACACACACACACACACACACAAAUGGUUUAAAUGAACCUUUGGGGAUUUAUGACAGUAAGUAGCCAAAUAACUCAAAAUGAUGUGAAAUUGAUGCCUGAGCUCACAUUGUGUUAACAUGUUGUGAAUGUGUUGUUGACAUUAACUUACGCGCUAACAGCACGCACUAACACGUACUGUGUUACAUUGGAACUGCUUGGCUUUCCAUACUGGGAGGGAACCAGGAAGUGUUCAGUCACUUCAUCUCUCCAUUUUGAGUGGGAAGAGUCUUAAAGACAGAAAGAAGGGAAGCUGAAGCCUGAGGCAGGAUGGAUGGUUGUGUGGAGAAAGAGGAGGACAAAGCAGAGUCUCCAGUAUCCAGCUGUCUGUCUCUGAAGAGUGACUGGUCCAAAGGUCUUCCUCCAGUCUUCAGUGCUGAACCUGGAACCUCAGACACAAAUGUUCAGUCCAACAGACAGAGAUCAGAGUCUCCAGUGUCCAGCUGUCUGUCUCUGAAGAGUGACUGGUCGAAAGGUCUUCCUCCAGUCUUCAGUGCUGAACCUGGAACCUUGGACACAAAAAAGAGGAAGAGGAGUCAUGUUUCUGUGGAGGAGCAGCCGUCCUGCUGUGCUUUGUGUCAGGACGUCCUGAAGGAUCCAGUCUCUACCAGUUGUGGACACUGGUUCUGCAGACAGUGCAUCACCUCAUACUGGGACCAGUCUGAUUCACCAGGAGACUCCUCCUGUCCACAGUGUGGAGAAAGAUCCAUAACGAGACCUAGACUGCAGACAGACAGUCAGACCAGCACUGUGCAAAAAGAAAGUGGUCUUCAGGAGGUUAUAGAUGAACAUAAGGUUAGUCUGAAGAGGAGAUGUGAAUGUGUGAUUGAAGGAACUGGUGAAGCAUUAAGUAGAACCCUCCUCAACAGGAUCUACACUGAGCUCUACAUCACAGAGGGACAGAGUGAAGAGUUUAAUACCCAACAUGAGGUGAGGCAGCUUGAGAAAGCUUCCAAGAUGGAGAUCCUCCAUGAGACUACAAUCAAGUGCCACGAGAUCUUUAAAGCCUUACCUGACCAACAGAGACACAUCAGAGUGGUUCUGACAAACGGCGUCGCUGGCGUUGGAAAAACCUUCUCAGUGCAGAAGUUCACUCUGGACUGGGCAGAGGGCUUGGAAAACAAAGAUGUCAGUCUGGUGGUUCUGCUUUCGUUCAGAGAGCUGAACCUGAUCAAAGAUGAGCAGUACAGUCUUCUCACACUGCUCCAUGUUUUCCAUCCAACAUUACAGAAGGUCACAGCAGAGAAGCUCGUUGUCUGUAAACUUUUGUUCAUCUUUGACGGCCUGGAUGAAAGCAGACUUUCACUGGAUUUCAAGAACAAGAAGGUUGUGUCUGACGUCACACAGAAGUCUUCAGUCAACGUGCUGUUGACAAACCUCAUCCAGGGAACUCUGCUUCCAUCAGCUCUUAUUUGGAUAACUUCCAGACCUGCAGCAGCCAAUCAGAUCCCUCAGAAAUGUGUUGGCAGGGUAACAGAAGUACGAGGCUUCACUGACGCCCAGAAGGAGGAGUACUUCAGCAGAAGAUUCAGUGAUGAAGAGCUGUCCAGCAGAGUCAUAUCACAUACCAAGACCUCAAGGAGCCUCCACAUCAUGUGUCAAAUCCCAGUCUUUUGCUGGAUCACUGCUACAGUUCUGGAGCACAUGUUGACUACAGACCAGAGAGGGGAGCUCCCCAAGACCCUGACUGACCUGUACUCACACUUCCUGCUGGUUCAGACAAAGAGGAAGAAGCAGAAGUAUGAUGAGGGACAUGAGACGAGUCCACAGAAGCUGAUGGAGGCUGACGGGGAAGUUCUUCUGAAGCUGGGGAGGCUGGCGUUUGAACAGCUGAAGAAUGGAAACAUCAUGUUCUACCAAGAAGACCUGGAGCAGUGUGGUCUUGAUGUCACAGAGGCCUCGGUGUACUCAGGAGUUUGUACAGAGAUCUUCAAAAGAGAGAGUGUGAUCUUCCAGAAAACAGUCUACUGCUUCGUUCAUCUGAGCAUUCAGGAGUUUCUGGCUGCAGUCUACAUGUUCCACUGUUACACCAACAGGAACACAACGGUACUGAAAUCUUUCCUGGAAAGACAUGUUCCUUCAACCCUUGAUGUCUUCCUGAUGGGAGCCAUAGAGAAACACCUUUACAGUAAAAAUGGCCACCUGGACCUGUUUGUUCGCUUCCUUCAUGGCCUCUCUCUGGAGUCCAACCAGAGACUCUUAGGAGGCCUCCUGGGUCGGACAGACAACAGUCCAGAAGUCAUCCAGAGAGCCAUCAACAACCUGAAGGAGAAGAAGACAAAAAUGUCUCCUGAUAGAAGCAUCAACAUCUUCCACUGUCUGAUGGAGAUGAAUGACCACACAGUAUAUCAGGACAUCCAAGAAGUCCUGAAGUCAGAGAGCAGAUCAGAGAACAAACUCUCUGAUAUCCACUGCUCAGCUCUGGCCUACAUGUUGCAGAUGUCAGAGCAAGUUCUGGAUGAGUUGGACCUGCAGAAGUAUAACACAUCAGGGGAGGGACGACUGAGACUGCUUCCAGCUGUGAGGAACUGCAGAAAGGCUGUACUUCAUAGCUGUGGACUCUUAGAGACUCACUGUCAAGUUGUGGCCUCGGCUCUGAAGUCCAACCCCUCCCAUCUGAUAGAGUUGGACCUGAGUCACAACAUCCUCCAGGAUUCAGGACUGAAGCUGCUGUGUGAUGGACUGGGGAGUCCAAACUGUAAACUGGAGAGUCUGAGACUGAUUGAUUGCAGUGUGUCAGAAGUCAGCUGUGCUUCUCUGGCCUCGGCUCUGAAGUCCAACCCCUCCCAUCUGAGAGAGCUGAACCUGAGUAACAACAAGCUGAAGGAUUCAGGAGUGAAGCUGCUGUGGGACUUUCUUGAGAGUCCAAAUUGUAGACUGGAGAAUCUCAGAUUGUUGGGCUGCAGUUUGCCAAAGACCAGCUUUGCUCCUCUGGCCUCGGCUCUGAAGUCCAACCCCUCCCAUCUGAGAUAUCUGGACCUGAGUAACAACAAGCUGCAGGAUUCAGGAGUGAAGGUGCUGUGUGGUUUUCUGGAGAGUCCACACUGUAGACUGGAGACUCUGAGACUGAGUGCCUGCAGUGUGUCAAAGCACAGCUGUGCUUCUCUGGCCUUGGCUCUGAAGUCCGACCCCUCCAUUCUGAGGGAACUGGACCUGAGUGACAACAAGCUGCAGGACUCAGGAGUGAAGCUGCUGUGUGAUUUACUGGAGAGUCCACACUGUAGACUGAAGACUUUGAGAUUGAGAGACUGCAGUGUGUCAAAGAUCAGCUGUUCUUCUCUGGCCUCGGCUCUGAAGUCCAACCCCUCCCAUCUGAGUGAGCUGGACCUGAGUAACAACAAGCUGCAGGAUUCAGGAGUGAAGCUGCUGUCUGAGCUUGUGGAGAGUCCAAACUGUAUACUGGAGACUCUGAGAUGGUGGUCUCUGUAAGAGUGUGAGAGAUGAGAAAGGUGGUUGUGUUGAUCCGACUGUGCGGUUACUGGGAGGUAGAGUGGGGAGGAGAGCUUCACCCAGCAGUGACUGACGGAGGGAUCACAGCAAGUGGAGAUGACUCUCAGUGCUGAAGUCUGGACUGCUCUGCUCUCCACUGUCAGACACAAUAUCGAGCCCGCCAUCAUCCCUGUGUGUUCCUCUGGAUGUAUCAUCUCUGUCUCUGCAGAGGACACUGAGACUCAUCCACUCCUGCUGCUCCACACUCAACCACCUCCUCCACGUGGACCUUUACUCAUUAGGAUUUAGAUCCUGCUCGCUGUUAAAUGAUGGAGAACUGCUGUUCAUUGACACAUUAUACUGUAUCUUGGAGUUCGAUGUCAGAAUGCAUUAGUCUGCAGUUUAAGUACCAUUUGUGGUCGAUUAUAUUUCUGUAUACUUCUUCUCUAGGUUUAUGUUCUUAUUACAGAUUUAAAUAUAUCAUUUUAUUGAGGAACACAGUGCACUAUUUACAAGUUACACUCCAUUAGAUGUCACUUUUCUGACUACUUUAAUGCAGAUUAUUUUUACUUACUUGAGUAGAUUUUUAGAGAAACUUUUACUGUUACAUUUAGAUAUACAUUAAUUGCGCUACUUUUAUUUACUUAUUACUUUAUGCAUUAAUGAUCCAUUAAGGUGGUCAGCUGAUCCCAGGUCUGCUGGUGCUCCCUGUGACUGUUAAAAGCAGCUCCGUGGCUGAAGCUACAGCAGGAGUAUUGCUUUCACAGACACAGGGCAGUACAUUGUUCUCCGGUUGUAAACGCUGGUCUGAUGUCAGUACAAUAUGUCUGUUGUGUUAAUGCUAAUAAGCUAUAAUAAUAAUAAAAAUAUAUAUACGCAGUA